GGAAAUCACGAUGUUUACAUGUUAGCAUUUCUGCUAACCUGCCUAAGCUAACAGCUAGCAAGUUAGCAGGUAGCAGGUAGAUGUUUCCCCGGUCAGGUUUAACUAUAACUGGUACUUUUAUAACGUUAUCUAAAUCUUUAUUCACAGUUGUAACGUUAAACCGUUUAUCUGACGUCGUCCCGGUGUUCAGCUGCCCGGUAACCGUUGUCUCCGGUGUGCACUGGAUAAGAAGUUACUCCAGAAACACACAAAUGCCUAAAAAAGAGAAAGCGGUGAAAGGACAGCCGGCUGGCGGUGGAGCAGCAGAAGCAUCUAGUCCGGUGGCCCGAGACAAAAGUGGUGCUGUUACCAUAACGGUGCACGCGAAGCCCGGCUCCAAACACAGCGGCAUCACAGAAGUUUCUGCAGAGGCGGUGGGAGUUGCCAUCGCAGCACCUCCAACAGACGGAGAAGCCAACACUGAGCUUAUUCGCUACCUGGCUGAAGUUCUGGACCUGAAGAAAAGUCACAUAUCUCUUGACAAGGGCUCCAGGUCCAGAGACAAACUCAUCAAAGUGGACUCCUCUCUCAGUCCAGAGGAGGUGUUGAGGAGGCUCAGACAGGCUGCAGGCUGACAGGAGGGGCGGAGGAGGUGGAUGGAGGCUGAAACAUGCUGCAGGCCCACAGGAGGACAGAGGAUGGAGGAGCUGGACCAGUAAGGCUACUGGGACACUAACAUCACCAUGGAAACAGACUGAUCCACCAACCAACCACCAGUGAGCAGGAGGUGUUUCCAUCCCUGGACCUGCUGGAGCUUCAGGACAGAAAUACGUGUCCUGCUGUAGACUGGGUAUGAUGUUUACAUGUUGGUGUCUGAAGUGACUCAUGUAAAGGUAUUUUUUCUGCUUGUCAUUUGGUUAAAUGACCUGUUGGCUUUAAAUAAACAGAUUAUGAAUCUGUA